AAAUUUGCCCUCUGCAAAGGCCUCUUUCCCAAAUUUUCAGUCAUUUUGCCUUUCUCUCAGAAAGGACUACUGGUACCACAGCCGAUCCAGAAAAUGUCGGAUUCGAGACCCGAAUUGGUAAAAAAUUUCGUUGUCUCCAAGGGUCCCGGCCAAUUUUUUCCAGGUGCAAAUCCGAACGCUCCCCUCCCCUAAGAAAUCUGUACGCUGAAACAUGAUUGGGUUGCUGCAACUUCGAUCCAGUUGCUUUCGGUUUGCUACUCGGCGAAGAGGAAGCGCGCCAGUGACGCCUGACAGAUUUUACGUCUUCACCCUCUAGGAACCACGGUUUUCUAGGAAAGAGAACUAAUUCCGGGAAUGAAAUUCUACUUUAUAAUACGUUGUUUUAUAGAUUCGACGACUUACACGAGUCUGCCAUCAAUGCUGAGACGUGAAAUGCUCAGAGAAUUAAAGAAUGGGUGUUAAUGGCGGACCCGGAGUUUGGAGACGGCUGAAAGAAGCGUACAACAGAAAUUGGCCGUGGUCUCGAUCGACUUCCUCAAGAGAUGGAAUUGGCACAGUGAUUUUCGCUUCAACCAGCGAAGUAUUGACGUUCGUUUACCGUCCUAACUUGAGCGUCAGGGACAUCUGCACUGAAGCAGCUGUGAAAGUUGACAUCUCUCCAGUUGCCUUGGACUUCUUCACCUUGGUAACUGAAGAUGGCAGGGGUUUUCUCAACCCAAACAAGGUGCUCAGCGAAUCAGAGUGCAGUCAAGUGUACUUCUUCAAACUGUGCAUUAAAGCUUGUCAUGGAAUUGAGCUCAAAGAUUUUGACAAGAAAGCAUUUGAAUAUUACUUCCAUCAGUGUCGUCAAGACUUCUUGUCAGGAAGUAUAGGUGAAUUCAGCAUUGAGAGCCAAAACUACUUGGCCCAACUUUUCCUUUAUGAAAUCAUUUACCUGGCACGUAGACAAGCUGCACAUGUAUCCACCAAAGAUGUUAUUGAAAACCCGUAAGUACCUUAAAAUAACUAAAAAUGAAUUUGGAAUUUGCAUGCACAUCCUUUAUUAGAGUGUCUGGUUGUUCUAGCACCAAGGACACUAAUUGGUGACACAGACACAAUUAAAUAUUAUUAACAAUU